GUUUGUGUUUCCAGAGGGACAUGUUAUGGUGUGGCACCGUAACUCAGCAGACAGCACACAAGAACACGAUGGUUAUUUGUGUGCUGGGUCGAUACCUCCUCAAAAGCAGCCUCUGCAGCAGAUCCUGGUGCAGGAAGAGCAGCCUGUACUCGGCCGGCCAUGGCUUCCAGCCCGAGGAGAUCAGGGAGAAGCUCAGGGCCUUCCCCGGGGGGGCGGUGGACCUGCUCACCCAGGGGGAGACGGGGCUGGCAGUGCUGACCGUCAACAACCCCUCCCGCAUGAACGCCUUCUCGGGCGCUAUGAUGGUGGAGCUGGAGGAGAGGGUGUCUCAGCUGGAGUCGUGGACGCAGGGCAAAGGCCUCAUCGUGCGAGGGGCAGCGGGGACCUUCUGCUCAGGCUCCGACCUCAACGCCGUCAGGGCCAUAUCCAACCCACAGGAUGGGAUGAAGAUGUGCAUGUUUAUGCAGGACGCUCUGACCAGACUACAGAGGCUUCCUCUGGUGUCGGUGGCGCUGGUGGAGGGCAGAGCACUGGGAGGGGGCUCAGAGCUCAGUACUGCCUGCGACUUCAGACUGAUGACCCCUGACAGCGUGAUCCAGUUCGUCCACAAGCACAUGGGCCUGGUGCCGGGCUGGGGCGGGGCCGCCCGGCUGGUCCGCCUGGUGGGGGACCGCCACGCCCUGCGGCUGCUGGGCGGGGCCCUCAAGGUGGACCCCGAGCUGGGGCUGCGGAUCGGGCUGGCGGACGGCGUGCUGGAGGAGGGGGCCCCCCAGGACGGGGACGAAGGGGCGGCCCUCCGGCAGGCGGAGGAGUGGCUGAGCCGCUACACCAAGGGGCCCGCCGAGGUGAUCCGGGCCGCCAAGAGGGUGGUGUCGUCGGGGAGGGAGCUGCCCCUGACGGAGGCCCUCCGGGCGGAGAAGGAGGUGUUUGGGACUGUGUGGGGCGGGGAGGCGAACCUGAGGGCCUUGGCCGGCAAGACGAAGCACAAGUGAGUCUGCGACGGGGACCGAAGACCACCACCUCCUCCUGCACCACCUCAUGUACCACCACGCCCACCUCCUCCAAUCAGCUCCUCCCAGACCUCGGUUGAGUUCCUGAUUAAAAAGUGACGACCCAAAGCUCUGUUCUGACCUGAAUGGUGAUUCCGCACGGAUAUAAUGAGCGACAGGUGAUACGUUUUGAAAAAGACGUAUGAAACAAUGACGUCUCAAUGAAAACUGUUAUUGUGAAAUUCCUUUGCCGUUCACAAAUGUCAGUGCCUCACUUUAUUUUUGUUUGUGUCCCACAACUGUUUAGUUUGAAAUCUAUGUACGAUUUAUUUUGACAGCUGAAUAAAACCCACAAAUCAAUGUU